AGCUCAAACUGUACACACAUUUCAUUUUGAUUGUUUCUCUCAUUAAUGUGUGCGUGCACUGAAAGUAUGGUUUUGACUUUGUCGUACUCUAUAGCAAUAAUACUUGCAUUCAUUGAGGCCUCGCCAACUUCGAUACCGUUGAGCGAGAGCUAUGACGAUUUAUUAGUUUCAUUCAUAGCUGAAGAACCCAUCCGAGAGGCCGUCAUAAAUGAAGCAAUAAAGUGGGCCACGAAGGAAAACAACAAGGAGGCGCUUAAAUUCCUAGAGGUAGUGCGAGAAGCAGAUGAUGUACUCAAGAAAAUAAGACACUACUUCGAUGCUGGGAAAGUUUUGUUCGACUUUAAUUCUGGAAAGUCGAACCUUACAGUACAAGAUAUGCUAGCGAAAACCAUGAUCAUGCGAAAUCAAACAUAUCUAAAUGAUCAGCUACAAAGGUUGGCCGCAUCCUCAAAAGAAAUGCAAACUGAAGUGGCAAAGGUGCCAACGGAUUUUUACAGCAUGCUGCUGCCUGUAAUUGAGGCGAUGAAGAAGAGUGAACAGGCACUGAUUCCACUUGGAAAUCAAUUCAAAAUCGAUAUGGAUGUGACCAUGACCAAACCGAUGUCUGGGUAAAACCAUAAAAUAAAAAAAUGUAUCCGCGAUUAAAAAGGAGAAAUUAAGCCUGAAUCACCAAGACUCAACACAGUUGAUAGUUUUUGGUUUUCUUGAUUGCGUAAAAUUAUAUCAACUAAAAAUGCGUUACAUGACUUCAACGGUGAUGAGCUCAUUCAUUGUCCGCAUCUAAUCUAUGUAAAAAACUCAAGAAAAACAUUACAAGACCAAGAUGUGACCAGAACACAUUUUGGGGAAAAUGAGUAAAAAGCAGUUGUUUUGAGCUUGACCAUUCUUACUCAUAUUCUAAAUAAAAUGCGUUCAAUUAGUUUCCCUGUGCUAAAUGGAAAGUGCUUCAUGAAUGAGCCAGAAAAAAAUUGCUCCCGGAUGUACUUUUAUGAAGACAGCCUACCUUUCAUCAUUGAUAGCUCAUGCAAAACACAAAUAUAACUUAGCCGAUACAAAAUAAGCAACACACACGGUAAACCUUCCACCUUUCAUAUCGACUCAAGAAGAACCUGAGGGCUAAAUGGAAAUUCUGUGAAGCAGGGAAGUGAAUGGAAAUGGAGUACUUGGCAUCUCAGCUUCAGGGAUGCGAUACGUUAGAACCAGACCCAAAUUGGCAGCCGGAAAAGUACCUCACAACGCAAUAUUACCAACAACUUCUGCGUCGGAAUUUUCCCUAGUUUCAAAUAAAAUAUGCAUUUGAGUAGAUACUAAA